CAUGGCCAGAUACAAUAAUGAAAACGAUAGCGGUAAAAUAGACCCUACAGCAAUAGCAUCUGAGCUAAAAUCAAAUAUCAAACAAGACAUUAUUAAAGAACUCUUACAUGGAUCAUUUCAAGAUAAUAAAACAAAGCUGGGUAACGAUGCUCUGACCCUGGUGGUGGAAAUAGCAAAGUGUCUGGUUACUGAGACUUGCCUGAGAGCUUCAAGUGAAGCUUUACGUGAUGGCAGUGACACAGUUGAUUUUGAACAUGUUGAAAAGUGUCUGCCGCAACUGAUGUUGGAUUUCCCAUAGUUUUCUAUUUAGCUGACAGGAUAAGGACACUAGAUUAUAUCAACACUAUUAUCAACGUAUGAGUCUAUCUAUUAUCCCCCAUCUUAUAUUUUUAUGACAAAUAGCUUUACAUUAGAAUAUUAAUAGAUAUUAAACAAAAACUUUUCAACAAUUAAUAUUUACAAAUAGCAAAGUUAAUUAUAUUAAUCUGUAACCAAUCUACCAAACAUUAAAUA